CUGAGAGCAAAGCUCUCUGAGAUACUCAAGGAAUGAUCUCUCAUAAAGAAGUCCUGGGGAUUGUCUUCUUGGCCGUGCUUUUCUUUGGAAUGCUGGGGAACAUGUCCCUUCUUUAUCUACACAGCCAUAAGUUCAUCACUGGUCAUAGGAAAAGGCUAAUAAGCCUAAUAAUCAGCAAUUUGGCCUUUGCCCAUGUCUUGAUGAUUCUUUUUAGGGGCAUCACCACAAUAAUAAACAACUGGGGAUGGAGGACUUUCCCAGAUGACGUGAUGAGUAAAAUCUUAACUUAUCUAAGAGUGACCCGGGUUCUUUCUCUUUGCAGCACCUGUCUCCUCAGUGUCUUCCAGGCCAUCACCAUCAGUCCCACCAGCCUUAAGUGGGCACAGGUUAAAACAAGAGCCCAACAGUGUAUUCCUUCCUGCUGUCUCCUGAGCUGGACUUUCAGUCUUCUUUAUACUGCUGUGCCUAUGACUUAUAGCAGUUCAAGGAACAGCAGUAAUGAAACAUGGAGGAUUGGGCAGAUUUCUUUUGAUUUGCCAGCCACAAGCAUUAUAAAAAUUUUAAUUUGUGAGUCAUUUGUUGAUGCUGUGUUUGAGGGUCUUAUGAUCUGCUCCAGUGGCUACAUGGUGUUUGUCCUGCACAGACACAGCCAGCAAGUCCAGCACAUUCACAGCACCUGCCUCUCCCCCAGGGCCUCCCCUGAGACCAGAGCCACCAAAGCCAUCCUGAUGCUGGUCAUCACCUUUGUCUGCUUUAACUCAGCCAGUUCCCCUUUCAUCAUUUAUAUAGCUUCUGCUAGAGAAACCAGACACUGGGGGCUACGUUUCACAGUCCUGCUUUCCUUGUUUUAUCCAAUAGUCAGCCCUUUCAUGCUGAUCACCAUUGACACCCAGAUUCCCAAGUCUUUUGCUACUCUCUUAUGUUUGAAGAGCUCCUUUCAGGAAAGAAUCUCUAGCUGA